AUGAAAAUAGCUAAUUUCAUAUCGAAGACUCAAAAAUCCGUCUAUUAAUUCUGCGAUAUCAAGAAGAAAUUCGCAAGCAUAAUAUUCACGAAUGUUGCAAUCGAUAACUUCGAUACUAAAUUCCCUGGAGCCUCGUAGAUCUUUUAUUUUAAUGAGUAAUAGAAGGAAGCAUUGGUGAAGACUACAGAAAAUAAAAAGGAAAUCAUCUAGUUCAAUGAUUCGAAUUACUUGGGGUAGUAUGUGAACAAGGUGUUUAAUAAUUUGAAGAGUAAGGCAACAAGGUUUGAUUAUGCACAUGUCGAGUUUUCGAAUAAGGAUUAUUGGCAACAUAUGUAUGAGAUUGUCGGCACAAUGGAUGGGGAAUCUUCAACUCUUGUGAUUAGAAUAAAGGAGAAUGUUUUGAAGGAAUGUUUGGAAUGUAAAUUGGACAAUUUGGAAUAGUACAAGAGUUUAUUCAUCCAAAGAAUUUUGAAUAUUGGGAUGAUUAGUGUAUAUCAGCUAAGUCUGAUAUCUCAAAAAACCCUUAAGGGAGGAAUUUCAGAAUUUGAGAUCCGUUGCCUGAAUACAAAGGAGGACUUUUUCGCUUCACAUCAGAGAAAGUUGUUGUAUAAAUCUGGAGGGAGAAUUUAUUACCAGAUGGGUUUGCGAUCUAUGGGACAUAAACCUGAUGCAGUAGUAGGGGAGGUAUACCCUUAACUGGAAUGA